AUGGAGCCCUCCCAUAAGUUGAGAAGCGUUCACACUAUAUACGAGGCUCAUCUUUCCUCUACCUCACUCAUGAAGGUUUCUGUGCCUGGUGCAUGCAAGAGAGACCUAGGCGAAGCGUUGGCCGUGGAAGACAGAAGAUAUAGUGAAGAUGCAAUAAUGACAACCAGGGAUGACGAGGCACGACUGGUUCCAGAGUUUCUGAUGUUUCAGCUCACAGAACUGCUCCAUGAUUCAUUCGUCAUGAAGUUGAGGAAGUUACUUGUUCUUCAAUACACCAUCAUUAUUGACCUCACUCCUAUUAUUAUGGCCCAGAUUGGACCGGCUGACCGGACUCAAUUGAUGUGCUUAGAGGUGGCAAGACUCCGUGGUAGGACCAUGAUUCAGGUUCAUCAUUCCGAGGCUGUGAGCAAAUAUAGAAAGAGAGUAGUAGACGAAGAAUGGCCAGCUACAGUCAUGUUCAUGGCCCAAUACGGGCAAGGCCAAGGUCGCUGGGGGCCACCUUUCUGGGUGUGGUUCCAUGAUCCGGUGAACUGCAAAGCAGGGGGGCAGUUAGGGAGAUAUCGAGAAUUUUAUGACAGUCCCUCGUACCCGCAAGCAAUAGCUAUUGGAGACUGUUAUAUUGAGAAGACGGAAUGUUCCACGAGCCGGUUAUUUUCGUGCACACUGGCCCAACGAAUUGUCCGCUGCCGGCUUCUGCCUUCGUAUGAACGACUAGCAGCAGGAGCCCACGAACCAUUCAAAGUUCUGAACAAGGACCUGAGUUUCGAGUUUGAAAACUUGUGCUUUCGAUGUAAGCUGACCGCAGGCAUGCUCUCUAAUUCUCCAAUUUCGAUCGAUCGAGCAACAGACUUCAUCACCCAGCAAAGGGCGGCGUGCUUCCGGCAUUUCUUAGUUUAUAGGCCCAGUGUCAUAAGGGCGUCGGUGACACACAGGCUCAAGAUUGACACAUUCCAAGGCUUCAUAUCGAGUCUUCUGAAGAGACAUCACGAGGUCCUGUGUCAAAGCCCGUUCCCUUUAUUUAGAACGGUGACCACGCUACCGAGCAGUGACUACACCGAUGACUUAGCCAGUGCACUGAAUCAUCGAGUGGGAGAUGGCACCCUUUUCUAUUGGUGUAUGCGUAGCUGUCUUCAUUGCGCCAGCUUCAAUAUCAUUGGGAACCGCAUCUCAAUCAUACCAGAUUUUUUCAUCCCAAAUAUCGCGUCGUGCACGUCCCGCAGGAGCGACCGUAGGACGCCACUUCUGCCAGUUCAUUAUGUGAGUGCCGUAAAGAAGCGGCUUCUUUUCCAGGUCCCGGAUGGCAACUCUGAUAACAAAGCUUCUGUGCUGAGUAUGCCAGAGCCACAAGACAGUAUUCAGCUGCAAGGCAGCCGAGCAGUAUGUAAUGUUUCUGGAGUUGAGACGGAUAGGAAGCACGAGGCCUGGAUGAUGCUCUGGGAAGGAUUGGGAAGGAGAAGAGGAGAGAGAGAAGAGGCUUUUUAUGUCCGCUUGAGAGGCAGUGACGCUGAUGCGGGAAUGUGA